GUUUUCCCUCACAAGGUUCGGCUCAAGAAAUCCUGAAAUUCUGUUCGUGGCACCCUUGCUCGUGACCACAAUGUGCUAGCCAGAGCUUUUCGACAUAUUUCAUUAGGUAGAUAGAGACAUCCUUCAAGUGCAAAGUUCGCGAUCAAUGGAGUACCUGAAAGUGGACCAGGUCUUUGAUUUGGUCGGCCAAGGCGACUUGGACACUCUGAGAAGCUAUGUUUCAGACAGCUUUGACUGGAACGUGGUGCACCCCAAGGAGAAGAUCACUCUGCUGCAGGAGGGCAUGUUUCUGGGCCUCUCAAGCCAACGCGCUGCAAGCAAAGCCAUGGAGACUAUUACCUGGCUCCUUGGAAAGGGUGCGGACCCGGGCAAGAAGGUCACGAUGGGUGUAGGUUUCGAACUCGACGGCGUCGAUAUGGAUGCAGGGGCUGAGUAUAGCGCGGCGUCUUUGACCGUGCAGCUCCGCACCGAGUUUCUGAACACAGCAAAUCUGCCGCCCUCAGACUGGCGGGUGAUGUUCCUCACAAGCGCACUGGCGGCCCUGGCAGUCGUAGUGCGGCAAGACAGUCUGGGAGCCAAGGUCCUCAUUGAUGAGAGCCUGCAAGACAGGUGGGAACGGGUGCUUCACGCCAGCUGCCACGACGUCGCCUUCGAGGUCAACGACGGCUGCGUGGGCGCCCACGUGGCAGUGCUGAGCCAGUCCUCGCCGGUGCUGCAGGCCAUGCUAAGCAGCGGGUCCUUUCGGGAGGCGGAGAGCAAGGUGAUCCAGGUGCCGGACUGCGAUGUGAAAGGCUUGAGGCUCUUUCUGGACCUGCUCUACACCGGCGGGACCAGGGAAGAGGUUGCUGUGGACAUGGCCCUGGCAGCCUUGGACCCGGCCCACCGCUGGCAAGGUCAGAGGUAUGCCACGCUUGCCAACGACCUUUUCCUUCCCACUCGUUCAGCAUUGUGGGGGUCCAGCAGAGAGCCACAAGGUCUUGCCGCUGGUGGAUGUCCUCGGGAAGAUCUUGGCCGGCCAACUCACAGAGAAGACCUUCGCGGCAGUUGCUGAGGCGGCCGCCCUGAAAGACCUUCCUGCGGUGAAGCGGGCGUGCGUGGCCUUCGCGGCAGAGUCCAAGGCAGUGAAGAAGCAGGCGGGUCAGCGUGCCUUGCCUGCCUCGGUGCUUGCCAUGUUGGGUGUCUCGUCGGAGCCAGAGCUGAAAAGGGCGAAAGGCGGCAAUGGCCCGAUCAAGAAGCGCAGGACCUACUGAUCUGCAUAGCCAUGACUAGGUCCCCCAGUAGUGCCCUUUGACCA